CGCCACAGCCACCCGCGCCAAGCGCUCCCGCAGGAUGGCGCGGGCCAAACUGCCGCGCUCGCCGUCCGAGGGCAAGGCGGGUCCGGGGGACACCCCAGCCGGCGCUGCAGCCCCCGAGGAGCCGCAUGGGCUCAGCCCUCUGCUACCGGCCCGUGGAGGGGGCUCCGUAGGCAGCGACGUGGGCCAGAGGCUUCAUGUGGAAGAUUUCAGCCUGGACUCUUCCCUCUCUCAGGUCCAGGUGGAAUUCUACGUCAAUGAGAACACCUGCAAAGAACGGCUCAAGCUGUUCUUCAUCAAAAACCAAAGAUCCAGCUUGAGGAUCCGGCUGUUCAACUUCUCCCUCAAGCUCCUCACCUGCCUGCUGUAUAUCGUCCGUGUCCUGCUGGACAACCCAGACCAGGGCAUCGGAUGCUGGGGCUGCACGAAGUAUAACUACACUUUCAAUGGCUCAUCCUUCGAGUUUCACUGGGCACCCAUCCUGUGGGUGGAGAGGAAGAUGGCUCUGUGGGUGAUCCAGGUCAUUGUGGCCACAAUAAGCUUCUUGGAGACAUGGCUUCUCAUUUACCUCAGCUACAAAGGCAACAUCUGGGAGCAGAUCUUCCACGUUCCUUUCAUCCUGGAGAUGAUCAACACACUGCCCUUCAUCAUAACGGUCUUCUGGCCACCUCUUCGGAACCUGUUCAUCCCCGUGUUUCUCAACUGCUGGCUGGCCAAGCACGCGCUGGAGAACAUGAUUAAUGACUUCCACCGUGCCAUCCUGCGCACACAGUCAGCCAUGUUCAACCAGGUGCUCAUCCUCUUCUGUACCCUGCUAUGCCUCGUCUUCACAGGGACCUGUGGGAUCCAGCACCUGGAGCGGGCAGGCGGGAACCUGAACCUGCUGACCUCCUUCUAUUUCUGCAUCGUGACUUUCUCAACUGUGGGCUUUGGUGAUGUGACACCCAAGAUCUGGCCCUCCCAGCUCCUGGUGGUCAUCCUGAUCUGUGUGACCCUUGUGGUGCUCCCACUGCAGUUUGAAGAGCUUGUCUACCUCUGGAUGGAGAGACAGAAGUCAGGGGGUAACUACAGCCGCCACCGAGCACAGACAGAAAAGCAUGUGGUCCUGUGUGUGAGCUCCCUCAAGAUCGACCUCCUCAUGGAUUUCCUGAAUGAGUUCUACGCCCACCCCCGGCUCCAGGACUACUACGUGGUCAUCCUGUGUCCCUCCGAAAUGGAUGUCCAGGUGCGCAGGGUACUGCAGAUUCCCCUGUGGUCCCAGCGAGUCAUCUACCUCCAGGGCUCUGCCCUCAAGGACCAGGACCUCAUGCGAGCCAAGAUGGACAACGGAGAGGCCUGCUUUAUCCUCAGCAGCAGGAAUGAGGUGGACCGUACUGCUGCGGAUCACCAGACCAUCCUUCGAGCCUGGGCUGUGAAGGACUUUGCCCCCAACUGUCCCCUCUAUGUCCAGAUUCUCAAGCCCGAAAACAAGUUUCACGUCAAAUUUGCUGACCACGUGGUUUGCGAAGAGGAGUGUAAGUACGCCAUGCUGGCCCUGAACUGCAUCUGCCCGGCCACCUCCACCCUCAUCACCCUGCUGGUGCACACAUCCCGUGGCCAGGAAGGACAGGAGUCUCCAGAGCAGUGGCAGCGCAUGUAUGGGCGCUGCUCAGGCAACGAAGUGUACCACAUUCGCAUGGGUGACAGCAAAUUCUUCCGGGAGUAUGAGGGCAAGAGCUUCACCUACGCAGCCUUCCAUGCACACAAGAAGUAUGGUGUGUGCCUCAUUGGGCUGAAGCGUGAGGAGAACAAGAGCAUCCUGCUGAACCCGGGGCCACGGCACAUCCUGGCUGCCUCCGACACCUGCUUCUACAUCAACAUCACCAAGGAGGAGAACUCAGCCUUCAUCUUCAAGCAGGAGGAGAAGCAGAAGAGGCGAGGUCUUGCAGGGCAGGCGCUGUACGAGGGACCAUCCCGGCUGCCAGUGCAUAGCAUCAUUGCCUCUAUGGGGACAGUGGCCAUGGACCUGCAGAACACGGAUUGCCGGCCCUCCCAGGGUGGCAGUGGUGGGGGCAGCGGCGGCAAGCUGGCUCUGCCCACGGAGAAUGGCUCUGGUAGUCGGCGCCCCAGCAUCGCCCCUGUUUUGGAGGUGGCAGACGGCUCAGCCCUAUUGCCCUGCGACCUGCUGAGUGACCAGUCAGAGGAUGAGGUGACCCCCUCAGACGACGAGGGGCUCUCUGUGGUUGAGUACGUGAAGGGCUACCCCCCCAACUCACCCUACAUUGGCAGCUCCCCGACCUUAUGCCACCUCCUGCCUGUGAAAGCUCCCUUCUGCUGCUUGCGGCUGGACAAGGGCUGCAAACACAACAGCUAUGAAGAUGCCAAGGCCUAUGGGUUCAAGAACAAGCUGAUCAUCGUCUCCGCCGAGACAGCAGGCAACGGGCUCUACAACUUCAUCGUACCGCUGCGUGCCUACUAUCGGUCCCGCCGGGAGCUCAACCCCAUUGUGCUACUGCUUGACAACAAGCCUGACCACCACUUCCUGGAGGCCAUCUGCUGCUUCCCCAUGGUCUACUACAUGGAGGGCUCUGUGGACAACCUGGACAGCCUGUUGCAGUGCGGCAUCAUCUAUGCUGACAACCUGGUGGUGGUGGACAAGGAGAGCACCAUGAGUGCUGAAGAGGACUACAUGGCAGACGCCAAGACCAUUGUCAAUGUGCAGACCAUGUUUCGGCUCUUCCCCAGCCUCAGCAUCACCACAGAGCUCACCCACCCUUCCAACAUGCGGUUCAUGCAGUUCCGUGCCAAGGACAGCUACUCGCUGGCUCUUUCCAAACUGGAAAAGCAAGAACGGGAGAAUGGUUCCAACCUGGCCUUCAUGUUCCGCCUCCCAUUUGCUGCUGGCCGAGUAUUCAGUAUCAGCAUGUUGGAUACACUUCUCUACCAGUCCUUCGUGAAGGACUACAUGAUCACCAUCACCAGGCUGCUGUUGGGCCUUGACACUACACCAGGCUCCGGCUACCUCUGUGCCAUGAAGGUAACUGAGGAUGACCUGUGGAUCCGUACUUAUGGCCGCCUCUUCCAGAAACUCUGCUCCUCCAGUGCUGAGAUCCCCAUCGGCAUCUACAGGACCGAGUGCCACGUCUUCUCCUCUGAGCCCCAUGACCUCAGAGCCCAGUCCCAGAUCUCGGUGAACAUGGAGGACUGCGAGGACACUCGGGAGGCCAAGGGGUCCUGGGGCACACGGGCUGCCUCUGGCAGUGGCAGCACCCAUGGCCGCCAUGGGGGCAGUGCUGACCCAGCAGAGCACCCACUACUGCGCCGCAAGAGCCUGCAGUGGGCCCGCAGGCUGAGCCGGAAGAGCAGCAAGCAGGCGGGCAAGGCACCUGCAGCCACAGAGUGGAUCACCCAGCAGCGGCUCAGCCUCUUCCGGCGCUCAGAACGCCAGGAGCUCUCGGAGCUGGUCAAGAACCGAAUGAAACACCUGGGGCUGCCCACCACUGGUUAUGAGGACGUAGCAAAUUUAACAGCCAGUGAUGUGAUGAAUCGGGUAAACCUGGGAUAUUUGCAAGAUGAGAUGAACGACCAUCACCAGAACACUCUUUCCUAUGUACUCAUCAAUCCCCCACCAGACACAAGGCUGGAGCCCAACGACAUUGUGUACCUCAUCCGUUCUGAUCCCCUGGCCCACGUGGGCAGCAGCUCCCAGAGUCGGAAAAGCAGCUGCAGCAAUAAGCUCUCAUCCUGUAAUCCUGCGACCCGGGAUGAGACACAGCUCUGAGCAGCCAAGAAGCCCAUGCUGGGACCAAUAAGCAGACACAGAACAGAGGGGGAAUUGUCACACUCUGGCAUGGCCCAAGCAGGCUGCACUAUGACUAUACGGUGGCUCUAAAACUUGCCCCCAGAAAAGAAUUCCUCUCAAUGGGGCCAGUCAUGAGACCACUGGACCACCUGGAAGCUGGCAGGAGGCACUUUUUAACCUAUUUUUACAAAUAUGUAUGAUUUGCAUCUCUUUACAUAGCUGUACCACAACUCAUGACUUGGGUCUGGCCAAGUGUGAGGCUGGCAGCAGAGAAGUGACAGAGCAGGAACUGGACACCGCCCUGGGUUCCACCGUCUUACGUGGCUUCACUCAGUAAUUUCUGAAGGGGCGCUGGGGUGUGUGGGAGAAGCAAAGACCUGGAACUGGGGAGCCCCCCUGCACGGAGGCCAGCUGUGUUCUCUAGCCAUCCAAUACGCUGUUCUGAUCAGAGCUUCUGCAUGGCUCUGAGACUAUACCAGGGCCUAUGAGCUCCUCUCCCCAGAGCCAGGCAAGGGGCCAACCAGUGGAGGCACCAUGCCCUUUAAGAGGAGAACAGAGGAGGGGGCCCCAUCCUGAGCCUGAGCCCUGCAGCCCCUGCAUGGAGUGGGGCAGGGGCCACCAGUGUAUCCUCAAGGAGUCCUGCAGUCAGCUAUGGCUAUGGAGGAAGUCCUAUGGUCAUAGCUGUGGAGCCCUGUGACUGUGGCUGUGGAGCUCUGCAGCUGUGGCUGUGGAGGGAGACCUAUGGCCAUGGCUAUGGAGUUCUGUGGCCAUGGCUAUGGAGAGAGUCCUGUGGCCGUGGCUAUGGAGAGAGUCCUGCGGCUGUGGCCUAUGGAGAGUCCUGUGGCCAUGGCUGUGGAGGGAGUCCUGCAGCUGUGGCUGUGGAGGGAGUCCUGCGGCCAUGGCUGUGGAGGGAGUCCUGCGGCCAUGGCUGUGGAGGGAGUCCUGUGGCCAUGGCUGUGGAGGGAGUCCUGUGGCCGUGGCCUAUGGAGAGUCCUGCGGCUGUGGCUAUGGAGAGAGUCCUGUGGCCGUGGCCUAUGGAGAGUCCUGUGGCCGUGGCUAUGGAGAAAGUCCUGCAGCUGUGGCUAUGGAGAGAGUCCUGUGGCCGUGGCCUAUGGAGAGAGUCCUGUGGCCGUGGCUAUGAAGGUUGAAUGAUGUUCCCAGCUAUCACACUUGAGUUUCCCCAGCCAUGGUGUUUGGGGACACAGGACUGGUAAACGAUGCAUCUCCAUGGACCAUUUCACACACUCAAAGCAAAGUCUUGUCUCUAAACACCUGAUCUGAGAAGCACAAUUAGCUCUGGGCUCUGGCCAUGCCUCAAGGCUCCAGGGACUGCUCCAGGCAGCUGACUUCAUUCUUGUUUGUGGUUUGUACAUCAGAACUGGAACCUUCUACUAAAGUGGAUAUACCCUACAGGCAUGCAUGGAACAAGGCAGCCCAUCAAGGCUCCAGGACACUGGGUCUGGGAGACAUCGGAGGCUCACCUGUUUUAGGGUCAGAAUUGCCUCAUGUAUUUCCCUUUGCAGACUUCACAGACUAGCCCCCAACCUCUGGCAUGGCCAGCAUGGCCUUCUCAAAACAGUAAUAAAUCCUCUGUGGCUAUGGGUGGCUGGGUCUGGACAGCUGCCCCAGGGUGUGUGUGUGUGUGUGUGUGUGUGUGUGUGUGUGUGUGUGUGUGUGUGUGUGUUUUCCACAGGACCCCCUGUCAGCCUCCCCUGUGGUCCAGCAUGCCCCCUAGGUAGAAAGAGCUCACCUGAGGUCCCAAACCCCUAGAAAUCCAUCUUUACCCCACCCUGGGGAGGAAGGUGCUCUUGAUAUGACUUUGUGAACCUCCCCUGUGUGCUUUUGGGUGUCCUGAAAGGCUGAGGUGAAGAUAUUGACCAAAGGGCCAGGCUCUCCCAAUCAGAGCAGGUGGGCAAGUGGUAGGGCAAGGCAGUUGCUGUAACCCGUCUGAUAAGGUGCCUAGGACAAGCCUCCCCUUCCUGUGGCCUGCCUGCAAACCCAGCCUUCCUACCCCUACUCUUUGCCUGUCUGGACCCACUUGCUCAGAAAGUAUACAUGAGCCCUGGUGAGGUGUUAUGGAACAGAGUUAGCUGUAAGGACUUGGGGAAGAAGUUCUGGGGCCUAGCUAGAGAAGCAGGUGGUUUACCCUGUGCUAGGGUGGCCAGAACUCACAUAGGGUCUACCAGUGGUCUCUGUAGCAGGAGGGGUCUGAGCCUGUACCCACAUUCCAUCUCCCUGCUCAGCCACCUACCUGGCUGCUGAGCCCAGAGAAAUGGGAGAGUCAUGCUCGUCUUCAUCUAGAUGGGGCUACAGCCUUCAAGCCCAUGCUGGAAGAGCUGCCAUCUCUGGGGCACCCUGGGGAAAGCCACCUGACCCAUAUUUGGGUCGGAAUAUUUACUCUCUUGUGCAUCUGCAGCAUGGAAACACGUUUUCACUCUCUCAGUGUGUGUUUGUUGGGGGGGGGGGUCCCCACAGGUAUAGGUAGAUACUUCAGCCCAGCCUUUUGCUAGCAUCUAAAGAUGCCAGGCCCUGAGACUGGUACUUGGCUCAGGAGGAUUUGUGUGCUGUGAGAUAUCAAUAAAAGCCACCUGCACACCUGGAACCUUC